UUCCGGCCGACCGUCAACAGUUCGAAGGAGUUGGUGUGAGAUUUUCGUUAACACACCCCGGAACAUGGCAGGAAGACGAGCUGCACUGAAGGUCGUGGACUGGCUGGCUUUUGCAGAGAGGGUGCCACCAAACCAGAGGACCAUGUUCAACAACCUGAAGACACGGAGCGAUGCUAUUUCUGCAAAGCUCCGCUCUCUGCCUGAGACACCCGCCGCCAUUGAUUGGAGCUACUAUAUGUCCGCUGUGGCGAAAGCAGGCAUGGUGGAUGAGUUCGAAAAGAAGUUCAGCGCCCUGAAGGUUCCUGAGCCUGUCGACACUCAGACCGCUCUUAUCAACGCUCAGGAGGCAGAAGCGAAUAAAGCAGCCGCUGCCUACAUCGAAGAAUCCAAAGCUCGUGUCGUGGAGUUUGAAAAAGAGCUUGACAAAUUCAGGAACAUGAUUCCCUUCGAGCAGAUGACCAUCGAAGACCUGAACGAGGCAUUCCCAGAGACAAAGCUGGACAAAGAGAAAUAUCCUUACUGGCCACACAAACCCAUUGCUGAUCUGUAAAUGUACCACUGACUAAUUCUAUAUCCUGUUUCCUCCACUGAGGGAAAAACCUGUACAGUAUGUGUAAAAAAAAUAAAAAAAAGUUUUGUUUCAUUCA